AUGCAACGUCCCGGUACGAAAACGGCUCAAAGUUUCCACACUACCACAACGGAAUCACAAAACCGGAAAGUAACGUCAAGUGUUGAGACAAAAGAUGACACCGACACUACGACAACAAAAAUAACGAAUGAAGGUGACUUGUUAUCUGAUCAAACUGGCCAACGAGCCAGAGAUCUGGCUGCAACUCUCUGCGAUGUACCGUCAGUGGACGCGAAAACAUCCGAGAAAACGCAAAAAGAUAGAAAACGGUCGUGUUCGUCUUGA